UGGCUCAGCCGCUGCGGCCGCAGUGCGCGGCUUGAGCUUCGCGGGGCUGGACAGAUGGGGGUGGACCCUUUGCAGCAGCGGCGGGCGAUCCUGCUGAGCCGGCCCCGGCGAGGUGCCAAGUGUCGCCUCCGCAUCAACACCAGUCAAGCCCAGAAGAAUGCGGAGGCGCUGGAGAUGGUGGCCAAGCGCUCCGGCUGGGAGUUGGUGAACAAGAGUGGUCACAUCCUUUGGGUCGUGCGCAAGGAGGAUGUGGCGGAGAGCCUUCUGCAGCUGCAGCCUGGCCAAUGGUUGUCCCACAUCCCCGGCAUGCACGAGGCGUGCAGCAAGGCCAGCCUUGCGAAUGCCUUCAAGGCCACCGCUUCGUUCUGGCCUCGCACCUGGGUCAUCCAAGGGCCGGAAAGGCCGGACCUCGCAGACAUGUUGAGCAGCGGCUUUGUCAUCGUGAAGCCGAACCGCGGGCUCCAAGGCAAAGGCAUCCACCUGGCUUGCUCCAGCGAUGAGCUGCAGCGAGCAUUGUCGGACGACGUAGUGGUGCAGCAGUACAUCAGCCGCCCUUUGUUGCUUGAUGCCCGCAAGUGGGACCUGCGGCUUUACGCAUUGGUCUUGCCGCACGAGGAUGGCCUGAGAUGCUGGCUGGCACGGGAAGGCAUCGCCCGAGUCUGCGCGGACAUCUACGAAGAGCUGAGCCACACCAACGCGAAACGGGACACCAUGCACCUCACAAACUACAGCUUGAACAAGCGCUCGGAGAAGUUUGUGUGCAACGAAGACCCCGGCAGCGGGCACCGCGGCGGCAAGCGCGCUCUCUCAGCGGUGCUGCUGCGCCUGCAGAAGGAGAAGCUGCGCGGGGCUCAGAUCGCCUCGGCUGCAAGUGUUUGGGAGGAGCUGGGCAACUUGGUGCAGCACACCGCAGGCGCCAUGAGGGAUGAGCUUCAGAAGCUGGCAUUGGAUCCAUCGACUUGGGAUGGGCGUGAGGAGGUUGUACAGGCAGUGCACACCAAGUUCAGCCAAAGCUUUCACAUUCUGGGAAUCGACGUACUCCUGGACUCUUCCGGAAAGCCCUGGCUCUUGGAGGUGAAUUGCAACCCUUCUUUCAGCUUGGAGGAGAUCCACCCUUCCGCAGGAUUAGCCAAGGCGUCAGAUGUACCUCGAGCGCUGGGCCAGCCUUGCGGCUGCCCCGCUCAUCCGCAAGUGCACACUCACCAGCUUAGCCCAGUAGACAUGGCAGUGAAGCUGCCUGUGCUGGAGGGAGCAGUCACCAUCGUCAGUCAGCUGACCAGCACUGACCCCACAGCGGGGACCAUCUACACAGCUUUGAGCAGGUGAUGUCACCUAGCUUGAAGCUGAGGAGCCUCCUCAGGCAUGCUUCUCUGAAGGAGCGUGGUUUUGUUCAUUGGCUGUACUGGGUUGUGCUGGUAGGAAGUGUGGACAAGCAGGCCCUGUGGGCCUUGUGAACGGCAAGGCCGCUCAGACAGUUUUGCGCGACCUUCGGGUGUGUGCACUUAUAAGCAGCGAUGCUUCCAAAACACACGCACGCGCAUCCUUGCUCGGCUGGCACAGGCCAGGAGGUUGC